AUGAUGGACUACGAGGAUCAACAAACCGAACAACAACGGGAACAGGAACAGGAGCACCCAAGCCAACCGCCUAAAGCGUGGAGUUUGAGCGAUUUCGAGAUUGGUCGUGAACUGGGAACGGGAAAGUUCGGUCAAGUGUACCUUGCGCGUGAGAAAAGCUCGCGAAUGUAUGUGGCCCUGAAAGUGCUAGUGAAGGAGCAACUUAAGGCUGCGGGUGUAUCUCACCAAUUGCGAAAGGAAGUGGAGAUUCACUCCCGUAUUCGACACGAAAAUAUCCUGCCCCUGUUUGCCACUUUUCAAGACGCCACACGAGUUUACUUGGUAAUGAAAUAUGCUGGAGGUGGUGACCUCUACAAGAAAAUGCGUUCUAUGCCCGGACGACGGUUUCCUGAACGCCAAGCAAUGCUGUACACCGCCCAGCUUGCGUGCCAUCAACAACACGUGAUCCACCGCGAUAUCAAACCUGAGAACCUUCUUCUAUCUCAGGAGGGUACAAUCCAGCUUGGCGAUUUCGGUUGGUCUUCUGCUAACGUGACGGCGGCUAAUCGCCGCGAUACUCUAUGUGGCACCUUGGAUUACCUGUCGCCUGAGAUGAUUCGGGGCGAGAAAUACGACGAAUCGGUCGACAUUUGGGCUGUCGGAAUCAUUAUGUACGAGCUGCUGGUGGGCAAGCCUCCGUUCGAAGCGCCAGGACAAAACGAGACCAUCGAGCUCAUUACCGAAGGCCAACUUCGUGUCCCUCCCAUGGUGUCACUGGCAGCGAAGGAUUUGAUCACGCGGAUCCUGCAGAAGCUACCGGAGAGGCGUCUCUCGCUGCAGGAGAUCAAGGCUCACCGCUGGUUUGCUCCGCUUGCUAUCCGUCAGCGAUCCGCCAGACGUGGCGGCCAUUAG